CACUCUACCACGUCUUCCCGCACACUCUCCCUCCAUCCUCCAAUCUACCUCUCCCUCUCCCUCUCUCUCUCACCUCCCACACCUUCCCACCCACCACUCCUUCUUAGCCACCCAUCCUAGUCUCCACUGACAAGUCAAGUGAGGCGGUGAAUUGGAUUAAAGUGCUACAACUAGGAAAAGCCGAUGCAGGAAACUCAUCGGACUUAUUGGUGCCUGGUGUGAAACUACUCUUUCGGCCAGCUUAAUUGUCUCCGGGAUCAUCUUCUAUUUUAGACCAUGGCAACAGCCCAAAUCCCGCCAGCAUCAGGCAGUAGUAUAUCUACCCGGCUGCCUGCAAGUGAGGAGGUGCAGGAGUAUGAGAAGAUUCUGAGAAUAAGUGACGAUAUCUUUUCUGGAACUCACCCUAGAUUGAAGGUUCCCCAGCAGUUUGUGCGCAAGCCCGCAUCUCGAAUCCCCCCUGCUUCUUCUACUCCAGCACAGGUAAAACUGGGUGACCAACUAAAGUCUCCCCCGAAAACUCAACCCCCUCCUUCCGCUCCGUCGGCAACCAGACCUGCGAACUCGCAGGCUCCCAGUGCCGGAAGUGCUCCUUCCGGCGCGCCCGGGCCUUCGCGUAUACUCCCUAAGCCUGCCUCGGAGAUUGAUCCCAUAUUUCUGACCAAGUCGGAUGAUCUAGUCAGGGCAGAGCUACAACUGCAACGGCAGAGGGUGGAACGAGUCUUGCGGGAGCAGUUGGAUCAAAAGCGACAGGAAUUUAGGCAGAAGGCUGCUUUACAGGACGCAAAGCCGGACUUUGACGUUUCCGAUGUGCUGGUGAAGGCCUUUGAGAUGGUCAACCCAUCUCCGUCAAUCGAUGCACCUGGUGCGGGAGAGCCCAGUGAUUCCUUUGACGAGAAUUCGUUCUACUCGAGUAGAGCCCCAGACUCCCCGCAGCACGGCGAGCAACCCAGGCAGUCUCCGGCACCUCAGUCUAAUUCCGAGGAACUUGCUACUGAAGCUCCCGCAGAGAACUAUUCAGAUGAGUUGCAACGGCUUGAAGCCCUCAACAAAACUGGUUCGGAUCAGGAUGUGCAAGAUACUUACCCCGUGGCAGACCACCUAGUACCCUAUGACCAGAGGCACCCGCACCAUGGUGAGGUGGACGUCGCCGCCCGCAAAUUCCCCGAAGCCAACCCGCCGACCGAUGCGUUUGAAGAGCCCGAGUAUUCACCGCCGGCUCCCGGGGUGGCGCCUAUGGAGAGGGAUGAUAAUUAUGGGUUGCAGAGGGGAUACCCGGGUGGGACGAAACGUCGAGCGCCGGAAGGUCGAGCGCCGGAGCGACCCCGCCACGCUCGAAGAUCCCUGUCGCCGGGCAGCGAUGUACGGAUCGUGCGAAACCACAUCACGUCGCCUGCCGCUCCGCAGCCGUCCCGAGUCUCCCCGCUAGCCAUCGCCAAGGUGCCUCCAGUUCACCAGGUGAAAGACUCGCGUCCCGAUUAUGGUCCGGAACGUCACGCGAGCCCGGAGGCUCCCGUUCAGCCAUUGACGUCUAGGAAACGUAGGAGAUUGGAUGAGAGGGAUCGGGCUCGUCCAUCGUAUACUAGAGCGCAGGCACCACUCAAUGUUGAAGAUUACAUCAAGGAGGAACCUGUCUCACCGCCGCCGUUCACAGAUACUCCGCAAGCUUACAGAAGCCGCCAACCCCAGGAGAGACCGGUGUACAUUGACAUUGCUUCCCCGCGCUAUACACCUGUACUAGAAAGGAGAGAAGCGCCUGUCAGAGACCCGGCAUAUGAGUACGAGGUGUAUGAGCCUCAUGGUGAACCGGGGAUUCCGCGGACUGUUUCCCGACUCAGCGCUAGACGCCCGAUCCGGGAUGAUCAGGACUUGCGCCGAGUCGCGAGCUUGCAUCAGGCUCGGCAACCGGAGUACGCUCGUGAAUAUGUUGACCAAGCCAGUCCGCAGACAAUCCGAGCGGGGUCGUACGCCAUUGUUGAGCGUCCACCACCCGAGCGCAUCAGGUAUUAUGAUGAGCUGGCCGCACCUCCUACAAGACGCUAUGUUCCAGUUGGGGAAUCGCCCACGUCCCCACGACUUCACGAGACCUAUUAUGAAGAGGAGCCUGCGACCCGGGUGAUGGCACCGCCGCCGCGUCGGAUUGUGAUUGAUGAGGAUGGCAAUCAAUACUAUGAGACGCUACCCGGUAGGCUGCAGCCCAUAGUUCCGCCCCCUAGCCGGCUACCGAGAAGCGAUGUCUAUGAUGACCGUGCUGCGCUGCGCCAUGCGAGCGUGCGGGCGGCGUCUGUCCUGGAGGACCCAUACGGGGGUCGGAGGUACGUGCAGGACAUGCCACCUCCCCCAGCUGCCUAUCGACGAGUCACCGACUACGCUCGGCCGGCCCCGAGUGAACGGCGGCCAUAUGGCGCGGCUCUUGACGAACGGGGAGCGUUCCCACGUAGUGCCAGCGUUCAGGUGACUGAAUACGGGACUCGGCGUCCGCCUUAUGUUGAGGAAGCUGAACUACCCCGGGAGCGGAUUGUCCGGAUGCCGAGCGUGCGCCCGCCAACCAGCCGGUACGAAGAGCCACAGGUGAUCCAGCGGGUCGAGAGCGUCCGCCCUGGUGGUCGCGAUGUGAGUGUCUACGUGGAUGACGGUGCGCGGCAGCCAAGAGAAUACAUUGAGCGGCCUGUGUAUGUUGCCACUCGUCCUCUCCGGGAGGAGCGAUACUAUGAUGGGAGUAACCCGGAACGGGUCAUCCUUGAGGGAGGGAGGGACGUAGUGCACCGAAUGCCUCAGCGCUACUGAGGUUGUGAUUAAUGAACAUUGGUAUGGAGACUUGGCAUGAUUGCAUUUGUUCAUUCACCCGGAUAUUUCUGGUUUGUUGAGUUUUAUUGUAUCUAAAAGCGACCGGAUGCGUGACUUCUGUAUGAUAGGAUAUACUAGCAUGAACAGAUCACUGGCAGUGCAGCGCCAGUGCGCCACAGCAAUUGAUUGGUG